UUGGGAGAAUGCCAUUGCAGGUUGUGAGAAGUUGUGUUUUUGAGAAAAGGGGCCAGCUUUUGGGGAUUUUUGAGAUUUGGGCUAGAAGGAGGGGCCGAAAAAAAGAAAAAAAAAACUGGUGAAGGAGGUCUGUCCAUGGUGUCUCUCUGCGAUUCAAAUUCCUCAGCCAGCGUAGCUCACAUAAUAAGGUUGCUGAAUCGCUAGAGUAACUGGGAGCAUUGUAAAACAGUAGGCAAACAUUAGAGAGGAAGAAGAUAGAGUAGGAAUAUGGAGUGCAACAAAGAUGAGGCGGCUAGGGCAAAAGAGAUUGCGGAAAGAAAGUUCACAGCAAAGGAUCUUAUGGGAGCAAAGAAAUUUGCCUUGAAGGCUCAAACUUUGUUUCCGGGGCUAGAGGGGAUUCCCCAAAUGUUGGCGACCCUCGAUGUGCAUAUCGCUGCGGAGAACAAAAUAAAUGGGGAGGCUGAUUGGUAUGGGAUACUUGGUGCGGAUCCGAAAGCAGAUGAUGAGGCGGUGAAGAAACAGUAUAGGAAACUAGCUCUUAUGCUUCACCCUGAUAAGAACAAGUCUGUAGGAGCUGAUGGAGCGUUUAAGCUACUAUCAGAAGCAUGGAGUUUGUUGUCUGAUAAAUCUAAGAGAGUAGCCUAUGACCAGAAGAGGAGAGUACACCAAAGGGUAGCGACUGCGAGUGGGAGUUCGCAGGCUCCUCCGGGGGCCAAUGGUUUCUACAAUUUCACAAAAGGUGCAACAUCAGGCGCACAGACUCAGAAGGUUUAUACACAGACUCAGAAGAGUACCGCACAGACUCAGAAGGGUACCUCACAGAAUCAGAAGGGUACCUCACGGGCCGGCCGCUCUUCAGCUCCUGCUUCAUCUCAAAAACCAAGACCGAAUACCUUUUGGACAGUGUGUCAUAAAUGCAAGAUGCAGUAUGAGUAUCUCAGGAUUUAUCUUAAUCAUAAUCUUCUUUGCCCGAAUUGCCACGAACCAUUUCUAGCAGCAGAAAUAGCUCCACCACCUACAAAUGGUGCCAAGUCAGCUCCACCAAAGCAUGAAACAGCUGAUAGAAUGGGUGUGGGAUCUGCAGGCUUCAGUGGUAAUCAAUCGUACAACCAAAACAACUUCCAAUGGGGUCCAUUCUCUAAAGCAUCGGGUGCUUCUACGGCUGCCCAAGCUGCAAGCGUAGUUAGCCAGGCAUAUGAGACAGCAAAGAGAGAGCGUGAGCACGCUCAAGCAGCAUUAAAAAGAGAGGAGUUGCGGAGGAAGCAUCAAGCCGCCAAGAAUGCUGCGAAGAGAAGAAGAGGAAUGGAAGAUGUCGGUGUCAGCAGCUACGGAAGGGAUGUCACAAAUCAAAUCGGUGUGGGAGCUGGAGGAGCUGGAACAACUCAUUUUUCUGGAUCAAAUGGAAACGCAAGGCCCAGUAUCACAAGGGAUAUCUCCCAGAUUGAAAUUCAAAGUUUACUAAGGGAGAAGGCUAGAAAAGAAAUUCUGAAGAAACUAAACGAAUCCACUGUAUCCAAGACUGCAGCCAAAGAGACGGGGAUUGGGAAUGAGAGAGAAAAAUAUUUGGGAAACAUUGAUGUGCAUAACAAUCAAAAGCAUUCCGGUGAGCCGGUAGACACAAAGAAUGGUUCUUCUGACAUGAAAGGUUCUGGCAUUUCUGGUGUCCGUUCAAAUGCAGACACAUUGACAAUAAAUGUUCCUGAUUCUGAUUUUCAUGACUUUGACAAGGAUCGAGCAGAGAAGUGUUUUGAAGAUAAUCAGGUCUGGGCUGCAUAUGAUAAUGAUGAUGGGAUGCCAAGGUUUUAUGCAUUAGUUCAAAAGGUGAUUUCUGUGGAUCCUUUCACAGUGCGCAUCAGCUGGCUAAAUUCGAAAACAAAUAGUGAACUGGGUCCUCUUAACUGGGUAUCCUCUGGCUUCUCAAAGACGUGUGGGGAGUUCCGGGUAGGGAAAUAUGAAGUGAGUAAUUCACUUAAUUCUUUCUCUCACAGAGUUCGGUCAACAAAAGGUCCUCGGGGGACUAUUUGCAUAUAUCCCAGGAAGGGGGAUGUUUGGGCGCUAUACCGGAAUUGGUCCCCGGACUGGAAUGAACUGACAGCUGACAAUGUCAUUCACAAGUAUGACAUGGUUGAAGUUGUUGAAGACUUUAGUGAGGACCAAGGUGUGCUUGUGACGCCCUUGGUGAAAGUGGCUGGCUUCAAGACAGUAUUUCACCGGCACUUGGAUCCCAGAGAGACCAGGAGGAUCCCUAGAGAAGAGCUGUUUCGGUUCUCUCAUCAAAUCCCUUCAAGCUUGAUCACGGGUCAGGAAGCUGCAAAUGCUCCAAAGGGUUGUCGGGAGCUGGAUCCAGCAGCUACUCCGUUGGAGCUUCUUAAAGUUAUAAACGACCUUAAAGAGGAAGAUACGAUGGAGAUUGACAAAAAGUGUCAGCAAGUCGAUGUAGCAGAUGAUGUAGAAAUGAUACUGGCAUAGAUAUAGCAGCCAAUUCCAUUCCCGUCACGGAAGAAGCAAAAGGGAGCUGAUAUAUGCAGAUAGAAUUUGCUGCGACGUAUUUUGGGGCCAUGCAGCAUGAGUUGGAAAACUGAAUUUUUGUGGAAAGUUUGUAAUGAUACUCCUUACGGCUUACCUCGCAUCAUCUGCAGCAGAGUCUGACAGGUGAAAUGCCAUGUGCCCAGGGAGUUGAAGCGGCUGAGACGCUGAAGGCCCUUUCACUGCAGCUCAAUCCGAGAUUUUGCUCGCGGCAUUAGAAGGUGAAAGCGUGAAAGCCCGGAAAUUGACAUACCCUCUUCCAACAGCCAUUUUUUGUUUCCUGUGAAGGAUGUAUCUCUAAUUAUUGGUUGUCCAUGAGCUGAUGCUCCAUUCCCUUGAUGUAGUUGCUAUGACCUGCCCAAUCGCAUCUUCUUGCCGCAUGUUUUGUGUAAAACUCUAGUGUUGCUGUUAGUCUUCUGAUUACUUAUCAAAUAGUCGUGCAUUCUGAUA